AUGAAUUUGGAUAUGGAGACCACAGGCACCAGUAGAGUCACGGGGUUACAUGAACUCGAGGAAUUUAGGUUCCAUACAUUUGAGAAUGCAAGAUUGUACAAAGAAAGGAUGAAAAUGAUGCAUGAUAAGCAUAUUCUAGAUCGGAACUUCAAACCCGGAGAUCUAGUGUUGUUAUACAACUCGAGACUAAGAUUGUUUUCGGGUAAAUUGAAGUCCCGAUGGUCAGGACCCUUCAGAGUGGUGCAAGUAUUCUCAAGUGGAGCUGUAGAAAUUGAAUCCGAAGAUGGAACGAAUAAGUUCACAGUGAAUGGGCAAAGGUUGAAACAUUACCUUGGAAUGGUCGAAGAAAAGGGGGAUAGAGUGGUGAUAUCUUUGAAGAGCCCCAAUACAUAA